AUGACACCAGACGGCAGCAAUACCAUCACCCAUCAUCCAUCCGUCUUUCACCUCCAGCAGCUUUCGUCACCCAGCAGCGCGAGCGGCUCUCGCUCGCCCGCGCGCCAAAACCACCAUCACCAUCACUACUACCACCAUCAUGGCCAACAUCGUGCCGCGAGCACCUCCAUAGAGCCUGUUCCGCCUGCCAGUCAAGAGCAAGACGCUGUUGAGAGGCACCCAUCCCAAGCCACAGACGUAGAGAGCCAGAUGACCGCCGGCCCAAAUUCAAGGUUUCCACGUCUCAACAUUGAAAGCGAUCCAUACGGGCUGUCAUCUUCCUACAGGACGGAAUCCGACUUGAAUCAGAUCAAGGCCAACUCUUCACGUAAGAGAGGCGGGUCGCAAAUCUGUGUACCGUCCGUCAAGCCAUCUUCCGUCACCGGUGCCCGUGAUGCUCGAAAGGUCCGUGGCUUUUACGAAAACCAGAACGCAGCAAUCGAGCGCAUGCUCAAGUCGGUGGAGGAACACCGUGCCGAAGCCCGUCAAGAGCAGGGUGACGACCAGCUCAAGUUCCGUAUCGCGAUAUAUGGUUCGCUUGCCGCCAAUAUCAUUCUCACCGGCCUGCAGCUGUACGCAGCCAUCUCGUCUGGGUCCCUAUCUCUGUUCACAACCAUGGCAGAUGCCAUCUUCGAUCCGCUCAGCACGCUCACGCUCAUCUUCUCCAACCGCGCGAUCAAACGAGUUGACCCUCGUCGCUUCCCAGCGGGCAAGGCCAGACUUGAAACGGUGGGCAAUAUCGUUUUCUGUUUCCUCAUGACGUCUGUGUCUCUCAUCAUCAUCGCCUUCGCCGCUCAGGAGCUCGCUUCAUCCGGAACGAGCAAGCAAUUCCAUUUGCCUUCUGUAAUUUCCGUCUGCGCUGCCUUCCUUACCAAGUUUUCUCUUUUCCUGUACUGCUGGUCGAUUAAAAACAAGUAUAGUCAGGUCAACAUCUUGUGGCAAGACCACCGGAAUGAUUUGCUCGUCAACGGAUUCGGUAUUCUGACAUCUGUCGGUGGUGCCAAACUUGACUGGUGGAUUGACCCCAUGGGCGCCAUCUUACCAUCUGUUCUGAUCUCGGGAAUCUGGCUUCAAACUGCAUUUCACGAAUUCUUGCUGCUGGUCGGUGUCGUUGCACCAGUUGACAUGCAGCAACUCAUCACCUACGUGUGCCUUACGCACUCGCCUGCUGUUCAAGGCAUUGACACCGUACGUGUCUACCACUCGGGUCCACGACUGAUCGCCGAGGUAGACAUCGUCAUGGACCCUGCCGGUACAUUGCUGGAAACUCAUGACAUUGCCGAGGAGCUUCAGUUCAAGUUGGAAGGCCUUCCGGACGUUGAACGGGCGUACGUUCACAUCGACUAUGAGACGACACACAAACCAGAACAUGCGUACAAGAAAGACAUUUAA